GUGGGAGGUGUGUGCGCGCGUGUGCCGCGCUGUAGGGAGCUGCGGGUCUCACCCGCCCGCUGUCAGCCAGCUCAACGCUGCCGCGCGAUGGCUGGAGGAGAGGCGCGGGACCAGCCCCGUGGGGCCGGCCGCGGGUGAGCCCCUCGCCGCCUCCUGCGAGCAUGUCACCUCCAGCCUGCGAGGUCGCUUUCACUAGCAGUGUCCGUGCCUCCGCCUCCUGCAGCCGCAGCCGCUGCCUGGAGCAGUGGCCCCCGGACCCCCACCCCUGAUCCGCGCCCAGACCCUAGUGCCAGAGGACCAUGGCUGGCCAGGGCGACUGCUGCGUCAAAGUGGCCGUCAGGGUACUUUGCACUUGACCUAGGCUGCCCUGAUUGUGUUUGGUCUGGCCCCUCAACUCCUGAAAGAACCAGAACUUGUGUCCAAGAGUACCACUAGGCCCCGGCACCUCGGGAGAUGGCUGCUGCCCUGAAGACCCUUGCAGCCUCCACAGGUCUCAGCAGAGGAUCAGACCCCAGCUGUCGAAGGAGAAGAUUGAAGGCUGUCACAUCUGUACCUCCGUCACCCCUGGGGAGCCCCAGGUCCUGCUGGGGAAGGACAAGGCCUUUACCUAUGACUUUGUCUUUGACCUGGACACCUGGCAGGAGCAGAUCUAUUCAACCUGUGUAAGCAAGCUCAUCGAAGGCUGCUUCGAGGGCUAUAAUGCCACAGUGCUGGCCUAUGGACAGACAGGGGCUGGGAAGACAUACACUAUGGGCACUGGCUUCGACACAGUGACAUCAGAAGAGGAGCAGGGCAUCAUCCCAAGGGCCAUUGCACACCUCUUCAGGGGCAUCGACGAACGCAAGCGGCGGGCACAGGAGCAGGGCGUCACUGGGCCUGAUUUCAAAGUCAGCGCUCAAUUCCUGGAGCUCUACAAUGAAGAGAUCCUUGACCUGUUUGAUAGCACCCGUGACCCCGAUGCCCGCCACCGCAGGUCCAACAUCAAGAUCCAUGAGGAUGCCAACGGUGGCAUCUACACCACAGGCGUCACGUCUCGUCUCAUCAACUCCCAGGAGGAGCUGAUCCAGUGCCUGAAGCAGGGCGCCCUGUCACGCACCACAGCCAGCACCCAGAUGAAUGUUCAGAGCUCCCGGUCCCAUGCCAUCUUCACCAUCCACCUGUGCCAGAUGCGCGUGUGUGCCCAGCCUGACCUGGUGAACGAGACGGUGACUGGGCUUCCGGAUGGAGCGGCCCCCACGGGCACUGAGUAUGAGACUCUCACUGCUAAGUUUCACUUUGUGGAUUUGGCUGGCUCCGAGCGGCUGAAGCGGACAGGGGCCACGGGCGAACGGGCCAAGGAGGGCAUCUCCAUCAACUGUGGUCUGCUGGCCUUGGGUAAUGUGAUCAGCGCCUUGGGAGACCAAAGCAAGAAGGUGGUGCACGUGCCCUACAGGGACUCCAAGCUCACUCGGCUGCUCCAGGACUCUCUGGGGGGCAACAGCCAGACCAUCAUGAUCGCCUGUGUGAGCCCCUCGGAUCGGGACUUCAUGGAGACACUUAACACUCUCAAAUAUGCCAACCGGGCUCGCAAUAUCAAAAACAAGGUGGUGGUGAACCAGGACAAGACCAGCCAGCAGAUUAGCGCACUGCGAGCUGAGAUCGCUCGCCUGCAGAUGGAACUGAUGGAGUACAAAGCGGGCAAACGGGUGAUUGGGGAAGACGGUGCUGAGGGCUACAGUGACCUGUUUCGGGAGAAUGCCAUGCUUCAGAAGGAGAACGGGGCUCUGCGGCUUCGAGUGAAGGCCAUGCAGGAGGCCAUUGAUGCCAUCAACAACCGGGUCACACAGCUCAUGAGCCAGGAGGCCAACCUGCUUCUGGCCAAGGCUGGUGAUGGCAAUGAGGCCAUUGGUGCUCUGAUCCAGAACUACAUUCGGGAGAUUGAGGAGCUGCGAACAAAGCUCUUGGAGAGUGAAGCCAUGAAUGAGUCUCUCCGCCGAAGCCUCUCACGGGCUUCCACUCGCAAUCCCUACUCCCUGGGAGCUUCUCCAGCAGGUCCAGCCUUUGGGGGCAGCCCGGCCAGCUCCAUGGAAGAUGCUUCGGAAGUGAUCCGUAGGGCCAAGCAAGACCUGGAGCGGCUGAAAAAGAAAGAGGUCAGGCAGCGGAGGAAGAGCAGCCCAGAGAAAGAAGCCUUCAAAAAGAGGGCAAAACUCCAUCAGGAAAACAGUGAGGAGACUGAGAACGAGGCUGAGGAGGAGGAGGAAGAGCGAGACGAGAGUGGCUGUGAGGAGGAGGAGGGGCGUGAGGAUGAGGAUGAAGACUCGGGCAGCGAAGAGAGCCUGGUAGACUCAGACUCCGACCCUGAAGAAAAGGAAGUCAACUUCCAGGCCGACCUGGCAGACCUGACCUGCGAGAUUGAGAUCAAGCAGAAGUUGAUUGACGAGCUGGAGAACAGCCAGCGGCGGCUGCAGACGCUCAAGCACCAGUACGAGGAGAAGCUGAUCCUGCUGCAGAACAAGAUCCGAGACACACAGCUGGAGCGUGACCGCGUGCUGCAGAACCUCAGCACCAUGGAGUGCUACACGGAGGAGAAGGCCAACAAGAUAAAGGCGGAUUAUGAGAAGAGGCUGCGGGAGAUGAACCGGGACCUGCAGAAGCUACAGGCUGCUCAAAAGGAGCACGCCAGGCUACUCAAGAACCAGUCCCGCUACGAAAGGGAGCUGAAGAAGCUGCAAGCAGAGGUAGCUGAGAUGAAGAAGGCCAAGGUGGCCCUCAUGAAACAGAUGCGUGAGGAGCAGCAGCGGCGACGGCUGGUGGAGACCAAGAGGAACCGGGAGAUUGCUCAGCUCAAGAAAGAGCAACGGAGGCAGGAGUUUCAGAUCCGGGCCCUGGAGUCUCAGAAGCGCCAGCAGGAAAUAGUCCUGAGGAGGAAGACCCAGGAGGUCUCUGCACUUAGGCGCUUGGCAAAGCCCAUGUCUGAGCGAGUGGCUGGGCGUGUAGGAUCCAAGCCCCCCAAUUUGGAUUCUGGGGCCGAGGUGUCUGCCAGUACCACCUCGUCUGAGGCUGAGUCAGGAGCUCGCUCUGUCUCCAGCAUAGUGCGCCAGUGGAACCGGAAGAUCAACCACUUCCUGGGGGACCACCCCGCAGCUGCUGUCAAUGGCACCCGCCCAGUCAGGAAAAAGUUCCAGAAGAAGGGAGCCAGCCAAAGCUUCAGUAAGGCGGCAAGACUCAAGUGGCAGUCCCUGGAACGGAGGAUCAUUGACAUUGUCAUGCAGAGGAUGACCAUUGUCAACCUGGAAGCUGACAUGGAGCGGCUCAUAAAGAAAAGGGAGGAGCUAUUCCUCCUACAGGAGGCUCUGCGGAGGAAGCGGGAGCGGCUGCAGGCUGAGAGCCCCGAGGAGGAGAAGGGGCUACAGGAGCUGGCUGAGGAGAUCGAAGUGUUGGCAGCCAACAUUGACUACAUCAAUGACAGCAUCACUGACUGCCAAGCCACCAUCAUGCAGCUGGAGGAAACCAAGGAGGAGCUGGACUCAACAGAUACGUCCGUGGUCAUUAGCUCCUGCUCGCUAGCUGAAGCCCGCCUACUCCUAGACAACUUUCUCAAGGCAUCCAUUGACAAGGGUCUACAGGUGGCCCAGAAGGAAGCCCAGAUCCGGCUGCUGGAAGGACGGCUGAGACAAACAGACAUGACGGGCUCCUCGCAGAACCACCUGCUCCUGGACGCUUUGCGCGAGAAGGCCGAGGCACACCCCGAGCUGCAGGCCCUCCUCUACAAUGUGCAGCAGGGUAAAGCUUCAUUGUGGAGAGGGCUUUCCAGCUCCCCAAACUCCCCUGCCUCAGAACUCCCUCAGAAGUCUUGGUCUGAUCUAGCGGAGAACGGCUAUGCCAGCACAGACGAGGAAGUCUCCGAGUUCUCUGAAGGAAGCUUUUCCCAAUCAUUCACCAUGAAAGGCUCCACCAGCCAUGAUGACUUCAAGUUCAAGGGUGAGCCUAAGCUAUCUGCCCAAAUGAAGGCUGUGUCUGCAGAAUGCCUGGGACCCCCGCUGGAUAGUUCCACCAAGAACAUCACCAAGUCCCUGGCCUCCCUCGUCGAGAUCAAAGAGGAUGGAGUGGGCUUCUCUAUCAGAGACCCCUACUACCGGGACAAGGUCUCACGCACUGUCAGCCUGCCCACCCGAGGCAGUACUUUCCCUCGGCAGUCUCGAGGUGCCACAGACACAUCCCCUCUGACCCGAAGGAAGUCUUAUGACCGGGGGCAGCCUAUCAGAUCCACAGACAUGGGAUUCACACCUCCAUCCUCACCUCCCACUCGGCCCCGCAAUGACCGCAACGUCUUCUCUCGUCUCACCAGCAAUCAGAGCCAGGGGUCAGCACUGGACAAGUCUGAUGACAGCGACUCCUCUUUGUCGGAGGUCCUGAGGGGCGUCAUCACCCCCAUUGGCGGAGCAAAGGGAGCACGGACAGCCCCAUUGCAGUGUGUCUCCAUGGCCGAGGGCCACACCAAGCCUAUCCUCUGCCUGGAUGCCACCGAUGAGUUGCUUUUCACGGGCUCCAAAGACCGUAGCUGCAAGAUGUGGAACCUGGUAACAGGGCAGGAGAUCGCAGCUCUCAAGGGUCACCCCAACAACGUGGUUUCUAUCAAAUACUGCAGCCAUUCCGGGCUGGUGUUCUCUGUGUCCAGCUCCUACAUCAAAGUGUGGGACAUCCGGGACUCGGCCAAGUGCAUUCGGACCCUCACGUCCUCAGGCCAGGUGAUCUCAGGAGAUGCUUGCAUAGCCACAUCCACACGUGCCAUCACCAGUGCCCAGGGCGAGCAUCAGAUCAACCAGAUGGCCCUCAGCCCCUCAGGCACCAUGCUGUAUGUGGCCUCUGGCAAUGCUGUCCGGAUCUGGGAGCUUAACAGGUUCCAGCCCAUCGGCAAACUGACCGGCCACAUUGGCACAGUGAUGUGCCUGACAGUCACCCAGACUUCGAACCAGCAUGACCUCGUGGUGACUGGCUCCAAGGACCACUAUGUGAAGAUGUUCCAGCUGGGCGACUGUGUGAUGGGCACCAUCGGCCCAACCCACAACUUUGAGCCCCCUCACUAUGACGGUAUCGAAUGCCUGGCCAUCCAAGGAGACAUACUUUUCAGUGGCUCCAGGGACAACGGCAUCAAGAAGUGGGACCUGGAACAGCAGGAGCUCAUUCAGCAAAUCCCCAAUGCUCACAAGGACUGGGUGUGUGCCCUGGCCUAUGUUCCUGGCCGGCCCAUGCUGUUGAGCGCCUGUCGGGCAGGCUUCAUCAAGGUCUGGAAUGUGGACAACUUCACACCCAUUGGUGAGAUCAAGGGCCACGACAGCCCCAUCAACGCCAUCUGCACCAACAGCAAGCACAUCUUCACGGCCUCCAGUGACCUGACAGUGAAGUUCUGGAGCAUGCGACGGCUACCGGCGGCCCACCCUUGAAGUUAGGACUGAGGGCGGCUAGACCCUCGGACCUGGCAGCCCAUUGGCGGCGUGGAAGGGACGCUGUCGCCUGACCUGAGCAGACCAGCCAGGGGCACUAAGGACAGAGGGUGUGGCCCUUCUCUUGCUCUGCUUCCUCUCCCUGGCCCGUCUGUCCCUCCUCUGCCUCCUGAGAAAGGAGAGGCCGGGGAGGGAGUAAGCUGUGAAGCCAAAGGGCACGAUCCCUUCCCCGCCCAGUUCCUUGCCCUGCCCACAACAGGUCACACUGUCUCCUGCUGAGGCAGCCCUGCCCUUCCUCCGGGCCCUCAGCCCAGGGUGGCACUGGGCGGGAGAAGAAGUCCUUCUGCCCUCCUGCCCAUCUAUCCUCCAGUGAGCUAGCCUCUUCCGUGUCUCCCAGCCCCACCUCUGGAGCCACUGCAUCUGCCUCUGAGCCCACCAAGGUAGUUCUCAGGUAACCAUGGAAACCAGAUGUAAGCAGCUGAGUCCUGCAGCUGACCCUAAACUCCUAUGGCCACCAACCACCCACCUCAAUGGGGCCCAGUCAUUCCUUGGGGCAUCCUCUGCUGAGGGCGCGGUGGAGCUGCUUAGACAAUUCCUCUGGGGAGAAGGUCAGCAAUACUGCAGUUAAUCUAACUUAUUGUUUUUUAUUUUUAUGUUUUGUUGUUGCCUCCUGGAAACUGACUUGAAGUUUCUUCCCACCUUCUCCCCUGCACUCGUGGUGGGGGAGUCUUCUCUUUGGCGCUCCAGCCCCCUGCCCCACCCUCUGCUCGGUGGGCAGAGGAAGGAAAGGCCUCUUCCACCCUCCGCAGCUCUGGCCUUUGCCCCGGCUCAGCUCCACCCCGGCAAACCUUCUAGAAUAGUCCAGGUCUCUAGGCCGCCUGAUGCCGCAGUGCCUUCCUCCAUCCUGAGGCCUGGCAUCAUGCUGGGCAGCCUUAUGCCAGCCAUGCCUGCAGCCCACAUGUGUCUUUUCCUUAUGGGCCUCGUGCCCACAGACCCCAAAGGUCAGAGAGUCCACCCAAGACCAGCAGCCCAAGACCAGGGAACCCACACUUCCUAGAGUCCUAUGUGGUCCAGAUUGGUAGACUGUCCACUAGGUAGCGGCUUGGGUAGUAAGGCUACUAACCUAACUCCCCAGCUAAUUAUCUCUCAGCCCUCAUGGGGACAGGAAGCCCCCACUGCUUCUUUUCCUUUAGUUAUUCUAGAAAUGGAUUUUCAAGCCUUAAAACCAGCCUGGGCCAAAGGGCCCUCCCUUUUAGAUUAGCAGGAGGAGGCUCACGCUCCUUCCUUACUUCUCCCACGGGGCUGUGGACUCAGCUGCAAGGAUGAGGUGUAAUCUGUGUCUGGCGCCCCCUAUAGGAACAACUCUGAAUUUAUAGGUCUAGACCUUGAGAGGGGUCACUCCAUCCCUCACCCCUGGCUUCCCCUGCCCUUAAAUUGGUCCACACUUACUCCAUUGCUUCACUGAUCUCAUGUUUCCUGGCCUCGUUCUGGGAGCCAUGAACCCUAGCUCUGUUCAGAGGACAUGGUGACUUGAGGACUUUGGAUAGUUAGCGUAGCACAUCUGCAAUUGGCUCUUCUCUCUCUGUGGCCGGGUACACUGGUACCUGUCCAUGUGGCCCUGCAAUGGGAGGGUCCCUGCUGAGGACAGACCCUCUCUGAGCCAUCCUGGAGCUGUAUAGGAGACUAAGAUUAUCCCGCCUGUCGGUGGCCCCUGUUGGACAUGGUGUUAAGUCUGGGUACGUGGAUAUCAGAACGAUACGCCUGGAAAGCGGGUCAGCUGGAACCUGGACAGUCUGUCUGCAAUGACCAGAGAUCCUCCUUCCUCUGCUCAUCCUGAACAUGCUAAGAAACUGCCUUAGCUCUCAGAAGUGACCACGUCUUCUCCUCCACCCCUCUCCGCCUGAAUGGAAAGCCUAGACCUUACGUCCUGUAAGAAAACCCAGAACCCAUCUGCAUGAGUGUUUACAAACUCCAGAAACACAUGAGACUUAUCUGACCCCAUGGGCUGGGCUGCCCCAGCCUGGGGUACCGUACUGUAUAGCUAGCUGCAAGGCCAGUUCUUGUACAAAGCGUGUGGUCUUACAGCCCCGCGAGAGGUGCUCACCGUCAUUGCCCCUUCUGCCGUUUCUGAUGGGUCACUACCUCAUGGCGGGGCUGCUAUGCUGUCCCAGCGAGUGUCAUUGACUAAACUUGAAAUCCUUUGGAGCUCUAGCGCAUUGUCCCCUAGUCAUUCUGAGCUGUGUUCUGGGAAUGUUGGUGUCCCUUCCCACUCUUUCGGGGUGUCCAAGGCACACAGUCAGGGGCAGGCCCCUAGCUCCACUCAUUGCACAAGCGUCCUACGUGUUGGAAGCACAAACUGGUUGUGAUUUGAGCACAAAACAGGUCUCGGAGUAGACAAUAUGGGCAAACAUGGAUCCAAGAGGCUUUUCCCAGAUGGGCUGAGUCUUAAGUUAGACUAGGGAUGCCCAUGCCUGUGGCUGACUCACCCAUGUACUUCUGGGACUUAUAUUACUUCUUGUGCCCAUCCUAAGACUUGAGGCCCAGGCCACAUCUGUAUGCUGUGGGGCCCUCCCUAGACCCCCAUAUCCCAGACCUAUUAAAAACCCACGUAUAGCUGUACCCCACCAUUCUGAGCCUGAAGAGCCUGGACCCAGGCUCCCAUCUCCUGAACUAACAUCCACAUCCUUGCUUCCGAAGCUGAUUGGCUUCCGUCUGGAUGGAACUUGUCUACUGCCCUCUCUCUUGGGCCUUCUCUGCACAAUCCUGGGUCAGGACCCAUUCCAGUAUUAACCAGUUCAGUGUUUGCACUUGUUGGAGAGACUUGAUCCCACAGCGGCCAGGUCCUGGAAGGCUGUGCCUGAAUCAGCCUCUAAAGCCUGCCAAGGAGGGAGAGAAGGCAAAAAAUGGGAGGCUGACCCAGCCCAGCCCUUGAUGUGGUCAGAGUGCCACCAUCAGCUACUUGAAAAGGGACAGCUAUGGAUCUGGAAGACGCCUCCCACCCUCGCCCUAGCUGCAGGCUUGGGCAAAAGGCAGGUUAAAGCACAAAGGCACACACUUGGGGAGGAUGCUGUCUCCCGGGGGCAUUCCGUGCUGCUCAUUGUGGUAGAGGUGCAGGCAGAAAGCUGCUGUGAAAUUGGGGCAUUAUGUUCUACCCUGCCAGUUCCUGGGGACCUCCCCUGGAUUCUGGGCUGGGUGCAGCCACACACCCUUGGCUGAGCCUGGUUGGUCUGUGUGGGCAGAACCUGCCCUGCAGGAGCAGUGAAUUCCAUCCUGUCAUGUGGUCCAGACCUGUGGCAUCCGUCCCUUUGUCCUUUCAAGUUGGAAACUGCUUGCUGCUUAGAAAAAAGGCCAAUGACUCCACUGAGCCUUCCUGAGCCCAGCCGUCCCCUCCUGACUCCUGGCUCUUCACUGCUCCCUAAGUGCAAGAGACUCUGCAGGGCAAGUUCUGCUUCUUUGACAUCUUUGUUCCGUCCCCGGUGCCCACCCCUCUUCAUCUCCAGCACCCACCUGACUUCCUUUGCCCCCUCCUUCCUCCUUCAAUCCUGUGUCCUCAAGGCUUUGUCAAACAGUGGAAAGUCAGUACUGCUGAAAGUCAGAAAAGACCACUGAUGUCUUGGUGCCCCACCCUGCCCCCAGCUCUUCCAGCCGCUGCCCCUACCCAAGCUGCGGGGUCUCUCUUGGCUCAUGCGCUCUCCCGUGACAUGGUAGCUCAAGGUGUGUAUAUGCUUUGUACCUCUUCCGAUGACUGUACAUAGGAUAUGAAAGUUAUUUAAGCCUCAUGUUGUACAUUUCUGUUCUGGAAUUGGAUAUGUGUGUUCUAAGAUAAAUAAAACUCGA